UUGACGUGUCCACAAAAACAUAACCUAAAAAAGUUUCACCACUUGCAGUUUCUUGUUUUGCAACAUUUGAUUAUAAUUUUUAAAUAUUCUCAACCCACUUAAAUGUUCAUUUAUAAAACCUUCCUUUAUACUCACAAAAAUGUUAGUGUGGAUUAUUUUAACAAUUUGUCUAGACCUAACCUUUAACACUUCUGUCUACGCUAUCAAGUAUCAAUCUAUGGGACAUGAACAGGGACCGGGAAAUAGUAAUGCCGCGCCCGUACAAGAAAUAUCAGUGAACCUUGACGAGCAAGUGGCAAAACCGUCCGUUAAAGUCAACGAGAAAGUCCCUAACGCAAACUCGAACGAGAUAGCAAAAAAUGUGGAGGAUACGAAGAACAGCAAGACAAAGGAUGUUGUAGAUCACAAAAAUGAGGAAUCAUCUACCGUAACGACUAAUGUUAAAAAGUAUUCUAAAGAUUUACUUCAGUCCGGCGCAUUGCUGAGAGGAUUUUACGUAUUUAUAGGAUUAAGUGCAGUAGUCGUUUUUUAUUUUGUUUAUCGAUCGUACAGAUUAAGGAACGGUGCUCAAGCACCCUCCACCGUAAGAAAAUACGGAGUAACGGCGAGAAGAAGUGAUUUAGAAAUGCGGCGUUUAGAGUUAGAUGAUGAUGAUGAUGAUACUAUUUUCGAAAUUAAUCAAAAUGUUAAUCGGUAAUCGGCUUUAGGUUAAAUUUUUACUACUUAUUUGUUGUACAUAUGUAAAGGUGACGAGACUGAGAAUAUUACUCGAGCGUGUUUGCUGUUAAGUUAAAUUUAGGCACACCUACUAGAUUGUACAUAAACACUUUUUUAGAAUAUGAAAUUUUAUUUUGUAAAUUUAUAUAAAUAAUUUAAUUUUUGUUUAAUAAAUUAUAUUUCUCA